AAGAUAUCAAGACAUUGAAAAGUGUCUUGGAGAUACCGUAAGUAACAAAUAAAUAAUUAAUUAAUUAAUUAAUAAAUAAGUAAUAAGUAAUAACAAAAUGAGUUCUAAGAGAAUAAAAUACGUCUCGAUCUCUGUACCUGUUCUAUAUGGAAAUCAUGCCAUACGAUUAACACCCGAAAUGAGAAAACCUACAACUCCACCUGAUCAUACUCAUCAAUGGACGGUAUUUUUCAAGCCUGUAAUUGAUGAUUUUGAUUUAACUCCAUUAAUUAAAAAAGUCACAUUCAAAUUACAUGAGACUUAUGAAAAUCCAGUACGAUCUAUUGAAAAACCUCCAUAUCAAGUAACAGAAUCUGGAUGGGGGGAAUUUGAAAUAAUUAUUAAAUUACAUUUUCAUAGUGGAGUAGAUUUAGGAAUUAAUGAGAAAAAUUUCCAAAUCUUUCAUGGAUUAAAAUUACAUCCAUUUAAUCCUCAAAUUCAACCUCCAAGAGAAAAUGGUGAAGUUCAUUCGGUAUUAUAUGAUGAAUUAGUAUUUCUGGAACCAACUGAAAAAGUAUUUGAAAUCUUAACUUCAAAACCAUGUAAUUUAUUACCUUAUAAAUUAUCUACUCCUGAUAAACGUGAUCAAGAAUAUACUCGAACUGAUGAAUUAGAUGAAGUAUCUAGAUUGGAAGUUUAUAUGAAGAAAGUAAGAGAAGAAAUAGAGAAUCAAAGAAAUGAGUAUAAGGAUUUGGAACAAGAAAGGUUAGCAUUGUUACAAUAAUAAUGAUUUAUUUCAAUGAUUUAAAACCAAUGUCAUAUAAUGUACUAUAGAAUAUAAUGAAUGAAU